GUGAGAAAGUGAAGGACGAUGGGAAUGAGAUGGAGAUUGCGUGGGACAUGCAUGCGGAUGCUGCAUUUCAUCUUGUUGGCGAUGGGGGCUGGAGCGAAUAGACGAAGCCUCCCUGAAAGACCUUCCCACUCUCUCUCCGCUCACUGGAAAAUGAUUGGAAGGGAGAUGGGCAUGACUUCAGUGAAUUCGAGUACCCUCAGGAAGAUUAAAGGACUUGAAGAACAAGCACACGAUUUGACUGUCGCCAUUAAUUCUACAAGCAUUUCAGUAAGAUGUAAUGAGAGAAUUAUAUACGAACGUCACGGAACGCCCGUCAGUCGCAGCAAACCUGGAGGCGUUCAUUCGGGAGUGCACGUCCUUGCCCUACGGCGGUACGACGGGCGACUCAUGAUGGCCCAGCAGUACCUCACGUACCAACCUGCGGAACACCAGCGAUUGGUUCACAUGCUGAAGGGCCUGCAACCCGGAAGAAUCGUUAUAGUUGCAGGCGUGCCAGAAUGGAUACUGUUCUUGAGCAAAGCUGCGGAGGAUGCUCUGGUGAACUUGGGGUGCCGUUGGGUAACUAAAGCAACUCCGGGAGAGACUUGGGCAUGCAUUGGCAUUACAGGCGUAGGGGUCGUGGCGGAGGGUAUCUCUACCUUAGGCCAACACUUCUACCCAAGUUCCACAUUGCUGCUGAAAGCCCAAGUGACUAGGAAUGGAAGAGAGGAUGGAAAAUGUCUUUGGUAUGAUGUAGCGACCCUCCAGCGUCAAGCUUCCUUCUGCGAGUCCUACGAAGGAUAUGGUGACCUUUGUUCUUGCGAGACACCUUUUUUCCCAGGAACUCGAAAAACACAGCCCGUUAUAUCAGUGUCUGAGAAAAUACCCAUUGUGGUCGUUACUGCAAAUAAACCUCUUCACCUUUACAGAAUAUUGCGACAACUUUACGAAGUCCCAGGAUCUUCCCAGACCGACUUUCUGGUGGUCGUGGACGGCGCCCACGAGGAAACUUUGCACCUGACAGACGUCCUGCAGGUGAAGAAGACGCUUAUCCAUGCCCCAGAGGGAGUUCGUAAUGCCCGCACUAACGCCAAUAUCAAGUUCGCCCUUGGAUCUGUUUUCAUUACGUACCCAUCUGCCAGUAAAGCUAUAAUUCUCGAAGAUGACCUCUUGGUUUCUCCCGAUAUCCUUAGGUAA